AUGGCAUCAUUAACAAACGGUGAAAUAAAUGAUGAAUUUAAUAACUCUAAACGUUCGAAUUUUCGUCAUCCUCAUCGACGUUAUAUUCUUGAAAUGCCGAAUUAUUCAACAACAAUUAAAAAGCCAAUUAAUAAUGAACAACAAACAAAAUUAAAUAAUAAUUCUCUCGGAAGACAAAGCAACCCAUCAAAUUAUUCAAAAAAUGAAAAUAAAUUUCAUUCUCAUCAAAAUAUAAAUCAUUCAAAAUACAAUAAUAAUAAAGAACAAGAUUUAAAUAAAGAUUUAUAUUCGAAUCAUAAAUAUGAAAUAAAAUUAUCAAAAAAUAAACACGAAUAUAUUGAUGAUCCAUGGGUAAAACAAAUACUUCAAACAGAUUUGGAUUUAUCUACUUUAGAUCAACAAGAACCACAAAUUCAAAUAGUAAAUAUUAAUCAUUAUAAAACAAAUAAUUCAAAUUCAAUAUCACAAUAUUAUUCUCAUGAUGAAAAUAAUAAUCAAGAUAAUUUCCAAACAAAAAUUCUUGAUCCAUCUCAAUUUCCUUCUAUUAUUAAAGAUAAAAAUAGAAAAACAAAUCUAAAUUCAUCUCGAAAAUGGAUUCUUCAACAACCAACUUAUUCUCCAAUAAAUUCAAAUAGUAUUUCAUUAAACAAAAAUAUUCAUUUACAAUACAAAGACAAAUUUAAUUCUCGAAAAACGAAUAUUGAUGAAGAAAAAAGUCUUUUGAAACAAGAAAAUAAAUCAAUUCAUUCGAAACAUCAUAUACGUAACAAUAAACAGUAA